GUGAUUUGAUGCUGACAUUGUUGCCACAUUGUUUUCGGAUCGUUUUAUAGGACGCACGCUUUCAUACCUGCACCAUGGCAACCAAUCGGAGCGUUAGCGUCGCGCAACACCUGUACGCGGGUGCUGCGACUGUCAAGUCGAUUUAAAUUUUAGCCAGUACAAUCACGUACGAGCUCCUAGACACGACAGUAGUAGUAAACAGUUGUGUUUAUUCGAGUUUUUGAAAAAUAAAUCAAAAUAUCGGAUAAGUUAUUGCAGCUUGGAUAAACCAGGAAUACAAAGUUUGCGAUACUUAUUUCCCAAACGUACUUAUAAGUCUCAGGAAAACGUUAUUACAUAGUUAAAUAUGUAUUCACCACUAUCACCACAAGCCAGCCUCAGUUCAGAGUUAAGACAAAUUAUAAAUGAGAGAAAUAUGCUGAGCAUGCGGAGCCGUAUGAAAGUUCUACAUGCUUUGAACGAAGACAACGAGAGAUACGCAGAAGAAAGGGAAAGCACUCUGAGAUCGCAAGCCAUUCGGGAAAUACUGACCACAGAAGUUACCUACUUACAGCAGCUGGAGAUUUUGGCGAAGUUCUUUAUACAACCCAUCCUCGAAAGAAAGCUACUGGCUCACCCGUUGCUCACCACUUUAUUGGAGAACAUAAAGACAUUGUACAAUGUGAGCGGCGAACUAGUGGCAGGAUUGAAACAUAAUUCCGAGAGCAUAGCCGAGGUAUUUCGCAAGCUAGCCCCGUUCUUCAAGCUGUACUCCGUUUAUGCUUACGACUAUACGCAGGUGUUGAAUCUGCUGCAGACGAGUGAGGAGAGCGACCCUGCCUUCAAGAAGUUCAUCUGCGAUCAGGAAACAAGGCCGGAAGUAGGUAGAAAGUUGUCUUCGCUGUUGAUUACACCGGUACAGAGAGUACCGAGAUACCAAUUACUAGUUAAGGAAGUCUUACAACACACCCCUUACAGACACAGGGAGUACAGAUCUUUACAGGCCUGUUUGGUCGAGAUCGGAAAGUCCGCGAAACACAUCAACAGCUUGAUCGCGCAGAACGAGGAGACGCAGAAACUGUUAAAUCUUCAGAGGUGCAUCAAUACGUCGAUCAAUCUCGUUAAACCUGGCAGAAUGUUGAUCAAGCAGGGUCCGCUGAUGCGCGUUUCGAGGCGAGGCAAUUCCGCCUACAGGAGAUACUUCGUUCUCCUGAAUGACACUUUGCUCUAUUGCAAGGGCGAGCCGGAAACCUCGCUAAGCGUGUCCUGCGUCCUACCGUUAAACAAGUGCAGCCUGACUUGCGUCCUAAGCAAGAAACUGUUUCGCGUAACGUGCCUGCACGAGACGUUCCUACUGUACUCGGAAAAGGACGACAGCGACGAGUGGAUACAAUCUAUACAAGGCGCUAUCAGGAAGUAUACUGAGAGUAGACAAACUCUGCGUAAGGAAAGCAGCUCGAGGAAACCACUCAGGCACAACAACGUCAUUGAAUUUCCGUCAGACGACAUACCCAAGAAAUCUGUUAAGAGGAAAAGGUGCAGGGAGAACGAACAGAUACUGCUGGACUCCUCCGACAUUAUGUAUUUUAAGAAAGACGCUCAAACGGACGACGCACAACAGGAAAAUAGUUGUUUGCCCCUUUGGCGCAUGAACGCCAAAAGAUUCAAACGCGAUGAGUAUCCGAAGGCAGACGACAUUGCUCGCCGAGGCACAAAAAGAAACGUGAAAUCAGAAUCGUGCAAGGGCAGAAGUGAGCGAACAUCUGCGUAUGGAUAUUCUCGAAAAUCGAAGAAGAGUGGAUGUAAUGUAGAGGCCUCGGCGCAACACGAAAGAAGCCUAUGCUCGGUCGCCUCAAGCGUCGGAGAACACGCGCCAUCGCCAUUCCGAAUACUCAGUCGAUUUUUUACGUAUGUCGGUACAUCCAUAAAAGAUCUUUUUGCAUUCAGACAGAUAGCAAUGGAAGGCUCAUUAGAAAUAAAGAACUCUAGCGCGGGUGUAGAGGAACCUAUCAAAUCUGAAGCACCUGCACAAAAUUCCGACAGUAGCGAGCGAAGCGAGGGUGCUGCCUCUCCACCGCCCAACUGUAGCAUUUGCCUAGGCAAACUAAUUAACACGUCGUUCACGGACAGUUGCUUGCAUCAGUUCUGUUUCACCUGCCUGCUUCAGUGGUCCAAGAUAAAGACGGAGUGUCCCCUGUGCAAGCAAACGUUCAAAUCAAUCAUACACAAUGUACGAUCGGAGGAGGAUUACGAUCAGUAUCAUGUGCCUCGCGAGUUGGCGUCGCAGAUCUCUCAGCCGCAGGUCACAGCUACACUGGAUGUCAACUUCGACGUCGGCGGCAACUGGGACAUGGCUCCUCGUCGCUUUGUCUACAGGACAACGAUGACCGGCAAUCGCCGACACGGAGUGCUGUUAAACCCGGAACAAGUCGCCAGGCGCGAACAGCUGCCCAGUAUCACGUCUCAGGUGUCGCGGGAGGAACGCCGACGUAGGCGCAGUAAUCCCUUGGAGUACCGUCGCAACAUCUACAGGCAUGGUAUAUGGGCCACCGCGUUACCCGACGUGUUCGGACGUUUCCGUGAAUGCAGCGCUGAAUUUUAUAGGAGGCAGCCGCAGGAACUGAACCGCCUUAUACCGUGGUUGAACCGGGAGCUGCAGGUUUUGUUACUUAACAAUGAACCGUCUCACGUCGCGUAUCUGUUGAACAUAAUAAUAGAUGCCUUAGGUCAGUAUGACAUUAGGAGCCUGGAGUUUCGCAAUAUCGUGCGGCCCUUUUUUACCAUACACACGGAUCACUUCGCGCACGAGCUGUUGAAUUUUGCGCAAACCAACUUCGAUCUGAUUGGAUACGACCAAUCCGUCACUUAUAUGACACGCGGCCUGUCGAACGAGUACACGGCUCGCAUCUUGUCGCCCGCGUCAUCCAGCAGCACUACCAGCACCAGCACUACCAGCAGUAACAGCAGCAUCACUUCUGAUUACUCGGACGUACGAAUACUCGACGAGGCGAUGGAUUUGAGAGUGAACGUUGAGAUGCCGCCAACAGCGCCGCGUUCUGCGUCACAUCCCAUUAGCAUGCCUGGUCCUAGUACGGUAGGGCAAAUUUUCCACCGAAUAGACCCAUACACGCCGGAACUGUUGAUCAUCUCGUCAACCUCCUCCGAGUCGGAGGACGGCGAGUGCGAGAUAAUUGGCUACGUGAAGCCGCGUCACGAGAGGACGCCGGAAAUCAUCGAGCUGCUUUCCUCCGACUCCGAGCAUGUAGUGGUUCAUGAUGCACCUAGCUCCCAGAUGACUCUGAGAGGAACGUCUCCAGAAAACCUGACAUUGCCGAGUACAUCCCAGGAGGUACACGCAAGGGGAUCGUCCCUGUCAUUUUCGACGAGCGACGAGGACAGUUCUGAUAACGAUUACAGCUCGAAGCAGAGUAAGCGGAACAAUCCGAAGAAGUCAUCGGGGAAGAAGGCUGCCGCGCAGAAGCAUAAAAGAUCGUACGCGACGAAGAGCCGCAAUAAGCGAUCCAAGAAGAGGAGAUCGAGUUCCAGCGACUCCAGCUCGUCCGAGAGCUCGCUGAAGAAGUAUAACGAGAGACGACUGAGGAAGGCGCGAUACAAGGUGCAGACUAAGGGUGCCGGGCGAAUAAAGCUCAUCAAGAAGGAGGAAAAUUAUUUGGACUUUUCGUCGAGCAGCAACAGCAGUAGCAGCGAGACCGACAGCAAAACGAAGGCGGACAAGUCGCGUCGGCAGCACAGAUCGAGGAGGAAGUGCACUCUCGGCUCGAGCGACCGCACGGCGAAAAGUGAGAGGACAACGAGAAGCAAGGAGAUGGCCUCGGCCCUGGAAAAAUUGAGGCCGAAGAACAAGGAUCAAAAGUACAGCGAAAGUAGACAAUCCAGAUCUAGGAGCGUCAGCGAGUCGUCUAACGCAUCCGACCGAGAUAAGAGAUCGAGCUACAGCCACCGUGAUGCUCGGGACACGAGCGACUGUGGCAGCCGGGACGACAGUGCCUCAAUGAACAAGGAUGCUUCGAGGAAGGAGCGCAGAUCCAAAUCAAAAAAGAGGGGACGUUACUCGUCGGACUCGGAGGACGAUCGUUUGCGAUCGAGCAGUCAGUGCAGCAAUCACUCUAACAAGUCGUACUCGCAGUGGAGAAAAUCGAAGCACAAAGAGAGAAAGUGCAAAGACAAGGAGCGGCACGGCUCGAACAGCAGGGCGUUGCAGUCGAGCGAGAACGGGGCUUUGCCGGUGUCCGCCUCCGCGAAAAGUGACUCCUAUCCGACGAAACAUUCCGAUCGCAGUGGUUCCAGUGGUUGUAAAGAGAAACACAGAUCGUCGCGCAGAGUCUACAAGGAAUCGAAGCACAAAAAAUCUGAGAACGAGAAGAAAUCAAGACCAAAGAAAAAGAAGCGGCGCCUGCAAUCUUCCUCUACCUCGAAUUCGGAAUAAUAUCACGUUGUGCGAGCUAGAUUAGUUUAAUAAUGUGUUACAUAAACUUCUCUCGAUUUAAGAAGAACGUUACUUCAGUUUUCAGCGAAUCUUUAUUAUGAGAACAUUAAAAUAGUGUCUUCGCCAACAACACGAUUGGCUCACGAUUGUAUUAUGGUCGAAUGCGGACGAUUAUUUUUGUCAUUAAUGAGCCAACUGAACGCGACAGUAAAAUGCGCGCUGGGAUUUGGAUAUGUGAUUUCUGCCAGUGGAAUUAUUACAACUACAAUUGAUGCACGAUACGUUACAAAAAAAAAAAACAGAUUGCACUGUCGCAUUAAGUUUACUGACAAACUUAUUUCGUAAUGACAUGCCAUUUGUAUUGAGAAAAAUAAUAAUUUACUUAAUACACAUUUUGUGUCAGAAUGCUGAAAUGACCCAUACUGAAUCCCAAAGGUUAUAAAUAUGUGUAUCACAUUUAUGAUUAAUUUAAUUAAAGCUGUAUUAAAAUAUGUGGCGGGGAUAAUGUUUCGUAAAUAAAACUGGAAACAUUAUACGCACAUAUUUCUAAUGCUAAUGUAUUUUCUUUUGUAGCACAAACUUUUUCUAUUCCGCUUUUUCUCCGAAAA